CGCACAGAAGCACUCAGAAGCUCAAAACAAUGACGUCUGAACCCGAGCUCGACACAGCAUUUCUCGAGGACGUGGCGCUGUUCGACUGCAAUGUGUCCACCCUGAUGACUUCGCAGAAGGAAACCAAAGCAUCCAGGAGCUCAAAAUCGUCGAGUGCGACAACAAGGUUGGUCGAACUCGACAAUGAGAUACGACGAUCAAGAGAAACAGGCCGACUGCGUUUAUAUAGACGUCGGGUCAGGAACGAGCGAGACAGUUUACAACGACAGGAAAAGAUGUUGACGGAAAAGUUGCUUCAAUUGCAGCAAACUCGAUCGGACCAACGCAGCUUCAGCCCUACGGAUAUCGGCAUCUCGAGCUCUCUGUGGAGAGCAAUAGCAGCUCAGCAGCUUCAAGAACGUCUGGAAGCAGAGGCAGAGCAGAAGCUGCUUAAAGCAAGUAUCAAAGCCCAAGAUGCUUGCAUCGAAGUAUUUCAGGAAAUGCUCCGCAGCAAACAAGAAAAUAGAAACGAGAAGGACAAGCUGGAGUCACUCAAUUGAUGCAUAGACAACUAUCUACAGGAAUACAUGUUCAAUAUCCUAAGGUGUUGUGCACUCAAUUAUUGAAAUCAAUAUAUUGCUGUAUUUGCGACCCC